AGCGGUGAUUCUAAAAAAAAACCGGAACUAGGCCUACUGUCGGUGCCAAGAAUUCCCUUAAAUUUCCUUCUUCCAUGACACUACUAUACUAAUAACUGGACUAGUUGAUAAGAAUGACUACUCCUCCAAAUGCAGCGAGUGCGUCAAGCUCAGCCACCAGUACAAACAAACCAGACGAACAAGAUGACAGUAAGACCAAACUCCGAGAGAUUGGUGACCAAGCAGUGUGGUCGUUAUCUUCAUGUAAACCUGGAUUUGGGGUCAACCAACUCAGGGAUAACUCUGUUGAAACUUACUGGCAGUCUGACGGCACCCAGCCUCACCUCGUCAACAUCCAAUUCCGCCGCAAGACGACAGUUCACAGCAUCGCCAUCUACGCAGACUACAAAUCCGACGAGAGCUACACACCCAAUAAAAUCUCCAUCCGGAUUGGGAAUAACUUCCACGAUCUUCAGGAGAUCGAGCUUCUUGAGCUCGGGCAGCCCACUGGUUGGAUUAGGAUUCCCCUUACCGACUCCGAGGGCAAGCCAGUCAGGACUUUUAUGAUUCAGAUCGCAGCGUUGUCUAAUCAUCAGAACGGUCGAGAUACCCACAUGAGACAGAUCAAGGUGUAUGCACCCACACAAGAGAACGUUUUCCACCAUAUGCCAAACUUUUCCACGGUUGAGUGUAGUAUGUACAGCAUCAUUCGGUGAUUGAGCAAAUUGUGGUUCGGGUUAAUGCUAUCCUAACAGAAGGAUUUUCAUGAUGCUACGCCACAUGGGAACUUAACUUGAGAAAGUGGACAGCAGAGGACUGUUAUUGUAUGGUCCCGAACUCCCUGUUAUGAAUGACUGACUGGGGGGGGGGGGCUGGUGGUGAGCUUUGAAAAAUCUCACGCAUAGCUGGCCUCGUGACUUGGCAUCUCUGCCUCACACGGUGUAAGAUAUGGCCCAUUGUGGCCAAUCACACAUAUUGUGGACAAUAAGGCAUUUUAAAAGAGCAAAAUUCUUUUACUUCAGAUCCAAUUCACACAAAAUUCACAAGAUAGUUGAAAACCCAUUCAGAAUGCCCCAGAUUGCACAGUCAUUAUUCAAGUACCUGGUUUCAAGUCAGCAUGCCUAGUGUACUUAGAAUAGAAUAAUGGUUUAUUGUCACUUGUAAAAAAACAAAUAUUAGUACAGUGAAAUUCGUUUUGGUUUUG